AUGGCACAAAAUUUUCCAACCACCCUAAGAUCCCAGUCAUUACCCGCUCCGAUACCCGCAUUCAUCUCACCACACAGCCAUUACCCGCUCCGAGCCCCGCAUUCGUCUCACCACACAGCCAUUACCCGCUCCGAGCCCCGCAUUCGUCUCUCCACACAGCCAUUACCCGCUCCGAGCCCCGCAUUCGUCUCUCCACACAGCCAUUACCCGCUCCGAGCCCCGCAUUCGUCUCUCCACACAGCCAUUACCCGCUCCGAGCCCCGCAUUCGUCUCUCCACACAGACAUUACCCGCUCCGAGCCCCGCAUUCGUCUCUCCACACAGACAUUACCCGCUCCGAGCCCCGCAUUCGUCUCUCCACACAGACAUUACCCGCUCCGAGCCCCGCAUUCGUCUCUCCACACAGACAUUACCCGCUCCGAGCCCCGCAUUCGUCUCUCCACACAGACAUUACCCGCUCCGAGCCCCGCAUUCGUCUCACCACACAGCCAUUACCCGCUCCGAGCCCCGCAUUCGUCUCACCACACAGCCAUUACCCGCUCCGAGCCCCGCAUUCGUCUCACCACACAGCCAUUACCCGCUCCGAGCCCCGCAUUCGUCUCUCCACACAGCCAUUACCCGCUCCGAGCCCCGCAUUCGUCUCACCACACAGCCAUUACCCGCUCCGAGCCCCGCAUUCGUCUCACCACACAGCCAUUACCCGCUCCGAGCCCCGCAUUCGUCUCUCCACACAGCCAUUACCCGCUCCGAGCCCCGCAUUCGUCUCUCCACACAGCCAUUACCCGCUCCGAGCCCCGCAUUCGUCUCUCCACACAGCCAUUACCCGCUCCGAGCCCCGCAUUCGUCUCUCCACACAGCCAUUACCCGCUCCGAGCCCCGCAUUCGUCUCUCCACACAGCCAUUACCCGCUCCGAGCCCCGCAUUCGUCUCUCCACACAGCCAUUACCCGCUCCGAGCCCCGCAUUCGUCUCUCCACACAGCCAUUACCCGCUCCGAGCCCCGCAUUCGUCUCUCCACACAGACAUUACCCGCUCCGAGCCCCGCAUUCGUCUCACCACACAGACAUUACCCGCUCCGAGCCCCGCAUUCGUCUCACCACACAGACAUUACCCGCUCCGAGCUCCGCAUUCGUCUCACCACACAGACAUUACCCGCUCCGAGCCCCGCAUUCGUUUCACCACACAGACAUUACCCACUCAAAUCCCGCCACAUGUAA